CAGUUCCAAAUCAGCUUUGACAAAAUCAACAUUCCAACUUUACUUUUUAUCUCAAAAUGUUCAAAUUUGUUACCCUCUUUGCCUGCAUUUCCGUGGCUUUGGCUGCUCCCGGUUUGGUGGCCGAACACCACACCAUUGUUCAAGAACCCGUCUUGGCCAAGGUUGGAGCUGUGGUCCAUAGUGUCCCCUCUGCCACCUCUCAUCAAAGUUUUACCCGUGUCCACAACAAGGCCGUAGUUGCCCCUGUCCUCACUCCCGUUGUUAAGACCACAGUUCAUGCUGCCCCAGUUGUGCCUGUAGUCAAAACUGUUGCUGCUGCCCCAAUUGUCAAGACUGUUGUUCCAGCCGUGCCAGUGGUGAAGACUGUUGCCCCAGUUGUCCCCGUUGUUGGUCAUGCCGUAUCCCAUCAAUCUCAUGUUCAAAUCCACUCCAAUGCUGCCGUAGUUGCUCCUGUGGUUCACUCGGUCCCUGUUGUGCAUGCUGCUCCUGUUGCCCAUGUCGUCCAUCAUUAA